AUUGAUUCCAGAGAGAAUAUAAAAUAGGGGACGCAGGACAGCUACUUGAGCUAUCGCAAUGCAAGUCAGAAAGGGAGAAAGAAGAAUGCCUUGAAUAUGAAUUUAUGAAAAGGAGGAGGAGGUAAGAAUCCCCCUCACGUAGAGAGUCAUGUGACCGUAGAGUUUCCAAAUCCACUUUAUUUUUAAGCCGGGAGUUGCAGACGAUGACAUCGUUCCCGCGUAUUCGACUAUCCCAGCUUGGGAUCUCUCUCUAUCCCAUCAGUGUCGACAAGGGACGGGAAAACACACGAGGCAACAAUGGUUAUGCGAUACCCUGACACCGACAGCGAUCUUUCUGAUGAUAGUCUCGACGAUAACGACUCAUCCUCCCCUACGUAUCCUCCCGACAUCUAUUACAACCCGCAAGAUUCAUCCGCAUUUGGAUCUGCAAGGUACUCUCGACCUCUCAUCGAUUACGUGAAGAAUGAAUGGCAAACCAAUCCAAAAUAUCGCCAUGAUCAUCCAUCCUCAGAAAAUGAGAUGCCACAAUGGGCUCGACUGAUCCUCUUGACAAUGGCCGCUCCCAAAGUUCGGCGCUACGUGCCUCUCGGUCUGAUAUGUCUGCUCUUCUUCUGGUGCUUCUGGAAGAUGUUUGUGACCCCACAGCUUGAGGAGAAUGCAUUGUUGGCGGAUUCGCUGGACCCAGAACUCAAGGAUGUGGUAGGAGGGUGGUUUGGGUCGAAUUCGCUUCCCAAGUUCGGCGACCUCGUUAAGAUUGGGACUUUGAAUCCGGCGCUGUUACCAGCGGAUCUGGCUGUGGCAGGAAGCCGGCGGAAGAGGUUGGUUUUUGUGGGAGAUGUACAUGGAUGUAAUUCUGAAUUGGGCCAAUUAUUAGAAAAGGUAUCCUUCGACCGCGAAAAUGGCGAUCAUCUGAUCUUCACCGGCGACAUGAUCAACAAGGGCCCCGAUAGCACAGGUGUAGUCGACCUUGCCAGAAAACACUCGGCCUCCUGCGUCCGCGGAAACCAUGAAGACAGGAUCCUCCUCGUACGUCGCGCAAUGUAUGCAAAAGGCGAACUGGAAGAUAAUACGACAGAAGAAAACGAGGAGGGCGGCAACUUCACUGGAUGCAACUCCAAAGAAUGCAAGCUAGCUAGGCAGUUGAGCAAUGAGCAGGCACGGUGGCUGGAAAGAUGCCCUGUCAUUCUUAAUAUCGGACAAAUCAAAGGAAUGGGCAAUGUCGUUGUAGUACAUGGUGGAUUGGUGCCUGGCGUUGAGAAUGAAAAGCAAGAUCCCUCGGGUGUGAUGACAAUGCGGACCAUUGAUUUGGAUAAUCAUUUACCAAGCUCAUCAUCGGACGGAACACCUUGGACAAAGUUAUUCAACAAGUACCAAUCCAUUCUCUACUCCAAACUCAAAAAGAGCUCCCCCCAGAAUCCCAAGGCAGGACUCACAACUGUCAUCUACGGACAUGAUUCUGCUUCUUCUCUUCAACUGAAGACAUAUACCAAGGGCCUUGACACUGGUUGCUACAAAGGCGGGAAGCUCACAGCCCUGAUCAUCGAGGAUGGUGGGAAGCAGAAAAUUGUGCAGGUAAACUGUGGCGACUAUAAGCAGAAAUUAACUAAUAUGUUUGAUCCCCAUUAUGAUCCUGACUGAUGGUGUCACAAUUGCCGUCAGCCGGAUUCAAUACUGGUGGGAGGUUCGAUUUCGGUUUGUGUCUGUCUUUUUCGGCGUCUUGGAUGGGAAAAGGGUAUUGAAUCGGCCCCAGCAUGAGGUGCUUUUGGGGCUUUGGUAUAUAUAAUUAUCUGCCGCAGAAAAGCUUUUGUUUUACGGGUUCGGGCUAGGAGAGAGGAGUUUCCAUUGUUGCGCAUUUAUAGAAUAACUAAUUAAUACUAAUAGAGCGUCUUAGCCGUUCAAU